AUGGUGGCGAGAGGCGUUCGCGUGUUGAAGGCAAGGGUCAGCACUGUGACGCGUUUAACUUCCGGGUGAGCGCCAGUAGGCGCCAUAUUGUCUUGUUCGUGAAGACGGGGAGCGAAAGAGGGGAGAAAGAGGCCGCCGAGCGGUAGCAACGGCGGCGCCUGCGGCGGGAGGCGGGGGAGAGUUUGAAAUAUAGACUAUAUAAAGACUUAAAAGAUGUGGGAUCAAGGUGGACAACCUUGGCAGCAAUGGCCUUUGAACCAACAGCAGUGGAUGCAGUCAUUUCAGCACCAGCAAGACCCAAGCCAGAUUGACUGGGCUGCAUUAGCUCAAGCAUGGAUUGCUCAGCGAGAAGCCUCAGGGCAACAGAGUGUAGUGGAACAACAAGGAAUGAUGCCAAAUGGACAGGAUAUUUCAGGAAUAGAGUCUGGUACAAACAACCAUAAUAAUUUUCAGGGGGAUCCCAACUUCAACAGAAUGUGGCAGCCAGAAUGGGGAAUGCCUCACCAACCCCCUCACCCACCUCCAGAUCAGCAGUGGAUGGCUCCAACCCCAGGUCAAAUGGAAAUCGUUCCUCCAUCUGAAGACAGCAACAGUCAGGACAGUGGGGAAUUUGCUCCUGACAACAGGCAUAUAUUUAACCAGAACAAUCACAACUUUGGGGGACCUCCUGAUAACUUUGCAAUGGGGCCAGUGAACCAGUUUGACUAUCAGCAUGGGGCUGCUUUUGGUCCACCUCAAGGUGGAUUUCAUCCACCUUAUUGGCAGCCAGGACCACCAGGGCCACCAGGUCCACCAGCACCUCCUGCACCUCCUCAAAAUCGAAGGGAAAGACCCUCAUUCAGAGACAGACAGCGUUCACCUAUUGCGAUGCCUGUGAAGCAGGAGCCUCCACAGAUUGAUGCUGUGAAGCGUAGAACUUUGCCUGCCUGGAUUCGUGAGGGCCUGGAAAAGAUGGAACGAGAAAAACAGAAAAAAUUGGAAAAAGAGAGGAUGGAACAGCAACGUUCACAGAUGUCUAAAAAAGAAAAAAAGGAAAGUGAGGCUGAAGAAGGGGAUGGCCCACGGUUACCUCAGAAAAGUAAAUUUGACAGUGAUGAGGAAGAUGAAGAUGCUGAAAACACAGAAGCUGUAAGUGUUGGGAAAAUCAGUAGGAGUCCAUCCCCGGCUCCCCAAGAGGAGCAGAGUGAACCAGAAAUGACAGAAGAAGAAAAGGAGUAUCAAAUGAUGAUGCUGACAAAAACGCUGCUGACAGAGAUUCUCUUAGAUGUCACAAAUGAAGAAAUUUAUUAUGUGGCCAAAGAUGUUCACCGUAAAGCAACUAAAGCUCCUGCAAAACAGCUGGCACAGUCCAGUGCACUGGCUUCCCUCACUGGACUCGGUGGACUGGGUGGUUAUGGAUCAGGAGACAGUGAAGAUGAGAGGAGUGACAGAGGCUCUGAAUCAUCUGAUACUGAUGAUGAGGAAUUACGACACAGAAUCAGGCAAAAACAGGAAGCAUUUUGGAGAAAAGAGAGAGAACAGCAACUACUACUAGAAAAACAGCUAGAAGAAGAAAAGCUACAAAAUGAAAAAGUUUCAAAAGAGAUGAAUGAAUUUAUCAACAAAGAACAAAACAGUAACUCAGCAUCACAGGAGGCAAAAGAAAUUGAAGCAGAUACAGGUCAUGAAAAGAAAAGAUCUCCAAAUGCAAUUAUACUUGAUGCAGAACUCAAAAAAGAGGGUAAAGAGAGGCUAGGAAGGAGUGGGUCAAGAAGCUCUAGCAGUGGUAGCACUAGCAGCAAUAGCAGAAGCAGUAGCAGCAGCAGCACUGUAUCUAGUUCAUCCUAUAGCACUAGCUCAGGUAGUAGUCGCAGCUCUUCGCGUUCUUCCUCUCCUAAAAGGAAGAAGAGACACAGUCGCAGUAGGACGCCUUCACAUAAAGUUAGGCGCAGUAGAAGCAGGAGUUACUCCCACAGAAAUAGGAGAGAGAGGAGUAGGAGCAGGGAGAAAACGAGGGAAAGGAGACGAUCUAGUAGAAAUCACAGUGCUGAAAGAGGGGAGAGGCGAAGAAACCGGAGUCCUUCGAGAGAGAGAAGCUGGGAUAGACGUAGAAGUAGUAGCCGUUCAAGAGACAGGCGAGCUAACCGUGCAAGCCGCAGCAGAAGCAGGGAUAGGCGUAAAACUGAAGACCAACGUAGAAGCCCUACUGGAAAUAGGCACAAACAUAAAAGUGAGGGUAAAGAUCAAGAAAGGAAGAAGGAGCAGGGCGGAGGUGUAGAUAAAGACAGAAAAAAAAACAGAGAAAGGGAGAGAGAUCAGGAAAAAAGAAAAGAGAAGCCCAAAAAAGAGGAAAAAGAAAGUAAGGCUGGCAAUCAUGACGACAGUAGAUUAAAGAGAAAAAGAGACAGCGAAAGAACUUUCUCUCGCAGUGAUUCCAUAUGUGUGAAAAUAAUAAGACAGGAUUCCAGACAAGAAAGCAAAAAAAUUACUACCAAAGAUAGCAAAAAACGGUCAGGCUCCGAAUCUAGUGCAAGGAGUAGUUCUGAAUCACCAGGAAGCAGUAAAGAAAAGAAGGCUAAGAAAUCGAAGCAUAUUCGGUCAUGCUCCAUGGAGAAAUCUCAAAGGUCUGGUAAGAAGGCAAGCCGCAAACACAAGUCUAAGUCACGAUCAAGAUCAAUGACUCCUCUUCGUCGUAAACGCUGAGGAAUUUAUGGCACCAGUGCUAUGACAUUUAAAAAUUCCAUGAGUUAUAAAAGGCUUGUCUCAUUAUAGAGGCACAUUGUGGCUAUGUAGGUGAAACCAGAAUCCUUUUUUUAAUCUGUAAAUAGGUGUAUUUUUUCCAAAUGCUGCUCAGAAUUAAAUACCUAAUAGGGUUUCUUUGUAUUACAUUUUUUCAAGAACGGUAGUGCUUAUUAAGAAUAUAAAACAGGCCAUUCUCUUUCAGCUGUAAUGUUCUUAAAAUUACUAUUGAAUGUACUGUGAUGUCAAUAAAGCUCUUUAGUUCA